AUGGAUUGGCAAGGGCAAAAGCUAGCUGAGGAGCUGAUGCAGAUUCUGCUCUUAGUCUUUGGCGGAGUUGCUUUCAUUGCUGGGUAUGCAACGUCUUCGUUCCGGACGAUGAUGCUGAUAUAUUCCGGAGUUGUGCUUUUCACGACUAUGAUCACUGUCCCUAACUGGCCUUUCUUCAAUCGUCAUCCCCUCAAGUGGUUAGAUCCAAUCUUAGCAGAGAAGUAUCCGAAACCCGAAAUGACGACUGUUACUUCGAAGAAGAAAAACAAUAGGCUUUAUUAGGUUUGGUUUCUUUGAAACUUCUCUGUUUGUGGAGUGAUUGCCUGAUAUGAGCUAUGGUCUUUUUGAACUUUGAUCAGUUAGUUCUUCAGAAAUUCUCAAUCUUUACCUUUAUAGAUCCUUUUAAUGUAAUGAGAUAUUCUAAAUUGCAAACCUUUGUGAAAGAAUUAGUUUCUCAGA